AUGGCGGACGACGAGGGGGAUGGCUUGACGGCUGCGGACCGACAGAAGUACUCCGAGGCCUUCAACAUCUUCGACAAGCACCAGCAGGGCUACCUGCAGUGGCGCCCGGACUUCGCGAAUCUCUGGCGCGCCAUUGGCCAGAACCCCACAGAGGCCGACAUCCGCCGGAUCUUAGACGAGAACAACGCCAUCGGCGGCACAGGCCAUUUCACGCUGGAGACCUUCCUGAAGCUCUGCGAAAACCGCGAGGACAACCUGCGGAAGGAGCAGCUGAUUGAAGCCUUCAAGACCUUUGACAAGGACGGCAAAGGCACGCUCACCAUCGCGCAGAUCCGAUAUGUGCUGAUGACCAUGGGGGACCCUUUGACGGACGAGGAGGCGGAUCGCUUCAUCGACUUCGCGGACAAGAACAAGGAGGGUGCCCACGCGGAGAUCGAUUACGAAGAGCUGGUGGAGCGCUUGGAUGACCUCGACCCCGGGGACAAAGUCUGA